UAACACGCAUGUCAUUGGUCUGUUUGUCACGUCUGCUGAUGUGCCGGGUUGGGGGGUUAUCUGGUAACCCAAAACUGUUUAGCAUUUUGUGGUAAUAGUCGUGUUUAUGUUAUCUUCUUUCUACGAGCUCUACUAGAGUUGUUCAAGCAGGGUGCAAACUGAUCUAGACGUAGCUAGCUCGCGCUAUAUUCGUAUCUGGCUAACUGAAGCUAACGUUGGCUAGCUGGUCAAUCGAUAUUUUGUCGAUAUUAGCGUUAAAAUGGGUGAAGAAAUUAACGACAACCUCGUCAACACAGACAGUAUACCCGCUAAUAACACCAAUGUUGAGGAAAACGGUGAGACAGUGGAGGGGACUGUAAAAUACUACACAUUAGAAGAAAUAAGAGUACAUAAUAUGAACAGUGACACAUGGCUCAUCAUCCACGACAAAGUGUACGACAUCACAGGUUUCCUUGAAGAGCAUCCGGGAGGUGAGGAGGUUUUGCUGGAGCAAGGAGGGACAGACGCAACAGAGAGCUUUGAGGAUGUGGGUCAUUCUACAGAUGCCAGAGAGAUGCUCGAGCAGUACUACAUUGGGGAGCUUCACAUGGAUGACAGGAAAAAGGAACCAACAAAGGAUGUAAAUGUCACAAAUUCAGGAGAGUCCAGCAGCUCCUGGACCACAUGGUUCAUACCCGCUGUUGCUGCAACUGUCGCUGGUAUCGUGUAUCGCUACUAUAUGUUUGAACACAAGUCCUCUUGAGUGCUGUUUUCAUGUCAUUUUUCAUCUGGAGGCCUUGAAAUGUUUGACCAAAACCUCCUUACACUGAACACACACAAUUACUGUGUGUGUUUGCAUCCUUUGCAACAAGAAAAGGAGGGGAGCAGUUUGAUAAAGUACUUUUGUCCUUUGUCCAUCAAUAUGCAGAGUGCACCAAACAGGCAGUUGGGUAGAGACUUUAUUAAAUUGUCUGCCUUCAGUUUCUUUGUACAUCAUUGUCACUAUGCCUGUUGUCAUAAUUGUACAAUGUUAUCUUUAACUUUAAUAUUCAUAUGCAUCUGACUCAGUUUGGUCUUUGUAUGUUAAUGACCCAUAUGCCCAUUCUAAAAAAAACAGUUUGUUUACCACCAGUUUAAUCAUACACCAUUUUUACACAGAAAAUGGAAACGCUGAAGUGGAUGUUAGUAUGAUAUGAGUUGUUUUCUUGUUUGUUUGUUGUUUUUUUUUUUCAAAACGCUGCAAGUGUUUUUCCCUGCAAUUUCUUAGUUUUAAUUGUCUGUCAAAUGUUACUGCCAGGUAAUAUACAACUUAUGAGUUUAUUUAAUUGACUCCUUACUACACAGUUCUAUAAGACUGCUGAAUUGCAUUUAUCACUUGGUUUUAAACACAUAACAUUUCUAAUCAUGCAAAUGUUUGUUCCUUUUUAAAUUAGUGGUAAAAUAGAUUGUAUCAUUAAUUAAUUAAGGUAUAGAAUGUAUUAUGAUUUGUCCCUUUUUUUUCUACAGUUCUAUAACCAGGAAUUUCUGUAAAUGUUAAAAAUAUCUGAUCAAUAGAUGUGUAUAAUUUAAUGUAGUAUGUAAUAAAACAAUAUUUUACUACCAAGAUAUGAUGGCUGAAAAGGAAUAACUACAGUGAAUUCCAUUGACAGAAGAGAACUAUUUGUUAUUUGAUUGGUUUUUUAAAUUAAUUGUUUGUUAUUUAACUGAUGCUUUUUCACAACUUUGUUUCAUAGUAGUGCAGCUUCAUUUUUUUGUUUUGGGUGAUUGAUACUGGCAACUGUCACUGGAGGACGCGAAUUGUUUUGAAUGAAGUCAAGUGUGCAUUUCUUGACUGGCUGCUGUUGGCAAACUGGUGGGCUUGGCAGUUGUCAUUAGAGCCAUAGAUGGGAGUCUUUAAAUCUACACAUUGUCAUUGGGCAUAUUUAAUAUAAUGUAUUUUAGUUGUCUUUGAAUUCCUUAGAGUUGCUUUUCAGAUCUUCAAACUGACAUUGCCAUUAUUUUAUAUCACACUCUCUAUUGGAAAAAGCAUUUUCCAACGACAAAGACGGUAACAAUUUGAAAUCCAUUUACAGCCUGUUAAUAUAUCAGAGUUCAUAAUUUAGGAUCUUGCUGCUAUUUUUACAUAUGAUUAUUACUUGCGUAUUUGCAGAAAACUUACUAGGUCGACUUUAAUUGCCAUUUGUUUGCAUUCAACUGCCAUUUCAUGUCAUUAAAAGUCUCUUUGAAUAAAAUUAAUCUUUAAAAAAA